AUGGUGGGCAUAUUGAGCAAGAUACCUCCGCCGGCUCAAUUGCUGAAUUCUAAAGCUGCUGGAAUAGCAGUCGCCUCUGUAGGUGCAGGCAUUCUUUUGCUUUGGAAGAAAAAGCUUGACGAUCUUAGCGCAAAAAGGUAUUUACGCUCGUAUUACCAGUUUCAGCCUGGUUAUUCUCAGCUGAGCUAAUAAUGUUCCAGCUUUCAUUCUUUGAUCAUAUCGAUCUGCUUGUGAAUUGUUCGAUCUAUCUGUAGAUAUGUAAAAAAGUGGAAUUUUCGCAUAGCCCUAUACGUCAAAUGGUUAUGCAAGUUUUUUUCCCGUGCAAUUAAGUUCAAUUGUUCGCUGUUUCUUUACGCAUUGUGGUUUACGAGAGUAAGUUUGCAAUUGUGCAGGCGUCAUAAGAAUGGGCUCUGCAGAAAUUUAUCGAGAGAAAGAACAUCUCUUCGAUCAACAUGAUUAAAAGUGAGUUCUCUUUUGCGCACUUGCAGAAAGGAUCUUACCGGCGAUUUACACAUAUCCCUAGAUCAGGUGAGCGUUAAUUAUACUUUACGCAUGACAUUACGUAAUUCGUGACGAUGCAAUUCUUGAUGUAUUUAUCAGAUGUUCAUGUACUUGGGCGUGCGCAACUGGACUUGCAUGUAAAAUAUUUUCGUUUUUCAUUAAUAAUAAUACAGUCAACGCCUAUUACUCUUUAUGAUUAUUUUGAAUUUAAUGUUAUUCCUCUCAAAAAACUGAUCUCAAUAACCAAUGGUCCUAAAACCUAAGGAUAAACUGUAGGAUACCGGCCCACUUAUUUUCAUGCAGGGUGCAAAGAAAGUCAGAUAAGCCUUAAAUUACAGCUCGCCCAAUGUACUAGUCCAAAAGAUUUUUUCACAAGCAGGAAAGACGAACCCCAUGCACCUUCCCCCUAGAUCCGCCCCUGCAUGCAAUGCAACUUACAGAACUGGUUUGCAUGUUAAUUAUUACUAUGGACUCAGAAAUUCCCGGUGUAUCGUCUGAACAGGGCACGCGUCUUCAAUAUUUGAAAAAAACCAAACUGUUUUUUAAAACCUGUCAAUUUCGACCACAAAUGUGAUUGAAAGCUAAAUGAAAGAAUGCGUUAGAGCCCGGUAGUGGUCUCUAUCCUUCCUUACUUUUUCUCUCGCUGUUAUAGACCUCUGCUAAGUAUGAAGACUGAUUACAGUUUUUGGAUCCCAAAAGCUUCACUUGUCCAGAGUUUCCCAAACUCAAACUUAUUUUUAUCUCCACACGUUAAACUUAGUGGCUAUGUUGAAAACCAGUGCAUUAUCUUCGCACUGAAUACCAGAUCCUCUCAUUUUUGUAUACUUCAUUCAACAAGAGAUUAAGAGAUUCAUGAGUAAAUAGAUGGCCGGGUAUUCUAAAAUCAUUCUUGCAUUUAAGUAGUAAGGACAGUUAUUUCUUAUGCAUGCUCAUUUUGAAGAAGGCAUUUCUAAAGAUUUUAUAAAUACAGCCCUCAUGUGAAAGUUAUUUUUCAAUAAAGAAAAAGAAUGUGAAACCAAUUUUGUGGCUUAAACUAUAUUGAAACUGUAUUUGAAAGCAAGUUUCUUGAAUAAAAAUAAUAACGUCUUGUCUAUAGUAAUUGGCAGUUUAUUGUUGUAUACUCUGUCUUGAAGCCUGCAUCGUAUCGUUUUUAUUAGGAAAAGACACAGAAAAAAGAGAAGGCUGCAGUGGAUGCUGUAUUUUUCAGGUAAUGAUAAUUGAACAGCUAAAAACGACAAAAUGAGCAUAAUUUUUGAUGAAUGGAUGACAAUGUAAAGUUGUUUGACUUUGGUCUUUAGCUGAAGAAUUUCUUAUCGGUAAUUGAAAAUGGUGUUGCUUUAACCAAAUUGCUAUCUGUUCUACUCUCCAACAUCAGAAUGAACACCUGAAAUUGCAGGAAUUUUGAUUCUGCGUUGACCAGUCACAAGGAAAGUCAUGACAGACAAGCAGAUCACAACACAACAAACUAAUUUCUGUUGCUGCUAAUGGUUUAGUUUUCUUAUGCCUGAUUGGCUUUUUCCUUGAAACAUGUUAACAUUCCAGAUUUUUUUUGUGGUGUGCAUGGUUUUUUUUAGUUUUACCAUAAAACUGUAUAUUUAUUCAGGACAGCAUUGACCAAAACUGACUGAACAUGGUUUUGCUGACCCCCCCUUUUUGUCAAGACCUAUGAAAUACAGGUAUUUUAUUAUAUGGAGGAGAGUGUUUUACUGGGAACUAAACCACUCGUAGAUUCCAUACGCCACUUCAUCCGGGACCCGAGUGGCGUAUUUUCCGUAUGUCACCUUUGUGAGUGUUGUAUCGUUCAAUGAUGUCAUGAUUCCCGCCUUUUGGUUUUGUUGAAUUGGUUUCUCCAUAUAAUAAAAAGAACAUUACACGUUGGCUCGAAGAUAUGAAUUUUAUGUUCUCGUGGCAAGAACAAUAUCUUGCCACUCGAACAUAAAAUUCAUAUCUUCUCGCCACCGUGUAAUAUCCUCUAUAUAUGUUGCAGUUAAUUUUUAAUCGCAGGUAAUUUUUACAUUUCUCUUGUUUCAACUUCAUUAGCAUACAUUUCCAUAUCCAAAAACAAAAGAAAAACAAAAAUUACCUGAGAUAAAAAAUUAACUGUAACAUAUACAUACAAUGAUGAUGUUAUUUGCCCCUGAAAAGAAUGUUUGUGGAACUACAUGUACUUAUGCUGUAAAUUGGUUUCCGUGAUGAUACAUAUCUGUCGGUAUAUUUUGAAAGAAAAAAUUUCGCAAUUAUUUUCUACAUUAGUCUGCCUUCUCCUUUACUGAGCAGAUAUGACUUCUUUGCUUCAAAGUUAAAUACAAAUUUACCAUUUAUUUGUUCUUCUUUACACAUUAUAUAGGAAACUGCUAAGAAUUUUGAAAAUUAUUAUCCCUGGAUGGCUUUCACCUGAGGUACACAGUUUAUUUAGUAUUUCUUCCUUGUGUGUAGUUAAAGGCGCACACAAGCCAAAGGCCCAUAUGGCCAGACCCUAUGACGGUUUCCUUAGCAUCAAGCAUGCCUAGGAGUAUUGGUACUCCCCCUACUCCCUUUCUCGAUAGGGUAUUAAGUUUGAAAGCUUUUGCCUGUUCCGUUACUUAUUUUGGCAAAAACUGUGGUGACAUCAAAAAAGCUCAGUGGAUCUUGUCAAGGAAAACAAACCAAACUAACAAGCUUGGAGACCCAGCUUGGAUAAUAGUACUUUUGUUUCUUUUAUUCUAAAAUUUAGUGCUGUCACUAAGGGCCAUGGGGUCAGGGAUUACCCCACCCCCCCCCCCCCCCCCCCCCCUCUGCCCUCCCGCACCCUCCUCCCCCUCUCUACAAACAAAAAAAAAAAAAACAACAAAAUAAUAUUCAUCUUAUUUACAUUUAUAAUAAAAGUUCAGUGGAUCUUGUCAAGGAAAAAAAACCAAACAAACAAGCUUGGAGACCCAGCUUUGAUAAUAGUUCUUUUUUUUUUUUUAUUCUAAAAUUUAGUGGUGUCACUAAGGGCCCUGGGGUCAGGGAUUACCCCCCCCCCCCCCCCCCCCUGUUCUUUGCUGAAAGCAUGACUCCUCACAACUUUUUUAGAAAACAAAAGGAAUAUACAAAUGAGUUUAUUUCUCAUGUAAUUUCCGUGCAAUGUGACAGAUCUACAUGUAAGAAACAUGCGUGUAAUGCUGCAAUUCCAGUGGCCUGUACUGUGAAAAUUAAUAAAAAAAAAAAAUGCCAGGCUUUCAAUUUCCUGCCUACAAAUUGCAUGUCCCCAGGCAAAUUGAAAUCUUAUUUAGCGCCCUGAUGACUCUUUUCUGUGAAAAAUGGCCUUAUUUCAUAACGUCUUUUUUUUCCAGACUGGCUAUUUGGUACUUGUGGCUCUAUCUCUCAUAGCAAGAACAUAUUGUGAUGUGUGGAUGAUACACAAUGGUACUGCAAUUGAGAGGUGAAAUCCAAAUAUGUUUUUGAUACAUACACACUGGUAGAUCCAGGGGGGCCUGGGCCCCCCUUGUUUUUAGACCAAACUGAGGCCCAAAGGGCUGAAAAAAAUUGUUUUUGAGACCAUCCCCCCAUCUCAGGUUUUGGAUGACUGCCCCAAACCUCCCCCCCCCCUGAACUGAAGGUCUGGAUCUGCUACUGCAUACAUGAAGUUUAUUGUAGUUAUAUGUCUUGAUAAUGUUAUGGUCAAGUCUUAGAUUUAAAUCAAAGCACAAAUAUAACAAUAAUAAUAUUAAUAAUGAUGAUGAUGAUGAUAAUAAUAAUAAUCUUUAUUAUGCUUUUGUUGAUGUACAUAGUUGAUAUUACAAUCUAGUAGAUUUACUUACAAUAGAAAAUUAAUUAAUAAUAAUAGAAUUAAUGUGCAAGCUAGGAAGCUGAAUGAACCAUUUGGUUUUCUUUGUUAGCUCCCUGAACAAUUUAGGUUCUAGGUAGCAGGUAAAAUCAUAAGAAAUACUACAAGAAAAAACAUAAAGAAGGAAGAACUUAAUUCAGGUUAAAAUCUUUUAACCUAGGUUGGUUCUCAAUUUUCUUUGUCUCCAAGUCCUAAUUAUUCAUGAAUUAGUAUUAGGAGCAAACGUUAAUUUUUGUUUUUAUUUUUGAUAACCUGCUUUGAUUAGCUAUGCUAACUGUGCUUUGUCAAUGUUGUAAAUAUUAUAUUGUUAUUGAAGUUGUGAAGAUAUGAAAAUCAUAUAUGAGAACCGCAGGGUGAAGAAUUAUCAUCGCAAUUAUAGACACAACUUUUGGAGUUGGGAAAAGAAAGCCUGAAAAAAAAAAGGCUUGUACGGGAUUUGAACCCUUGACCUCUGCAAACGCUGCACUGGUAUCACAGAGUUCAAGGGUUGGAAUCUCGUGUAAGCCUGAAUUUUUUUUCAGCCUAAUCUUUUCGCAGCUGCAAAAGUUGCGUCUAUUUGUGAUGAUCUUCUUUCAUAUAACAUUGUUAUUGUUGUUAAAAUCAGAACAAAGUGUUGUUGUUGUUGUUGUUGUUAUACUAUAUCACUUCUGCAGCAAACCCAUUUUUGAAGCAUGUUAGAUUAAAGGACUAGCAUUAACUGUUUUCUUGUCAGUGAGUUUGAAGGUUGUAAUGUGUCUGAGCUGUACUGUAGUAGUGAAAUUAAUUUCUUCCAUUUUAUCUUACUCUAUGUUAUGAUAUUUUAGAUCCAUCAUUGGUGGGGAUUUUGGAGGAUUUAAAUACAACCUUCUUCAGCUUGUAUAUGCCAUGCCAUUUGUAAGUUCCACUCUCAUGUCUGCCAACUUAUUCAUUUUUUGCCUCAAGUCAAUCACAAAUUAAUUCUGCAUGGCUGAUGUUAAAUCUGAAUUUCUUAAAUACUGAUUAAGAGAUUAUUUUGUUUGCUUUAUUCAUUACAGUUAGCUGUUGUCAACCAACUUAUGAAGGUCAGUGCAAAAUAAUCUACAUUUUCAUUGUUUAUGAUUCAGGUCGAAUUCAGAUAAAAGCAAUCAAAAUUUUGGCUGAAAUGUACUGCCACUGUAAAUUAAAAUAAUGUAAUGCUGCAGAAUUAAAUUUUACUCAGUCAAACAUUAUCACUCCAUUUUCCUUGGUUAGUCCCAGUUUUCUAAAUGGCCAGUCUGGCAUACUGUAUUAUAAAUCAUAGAAGGUGAUGCAUGUUUUUUGACAUACAUCUCAGAGGGUUUAACUUUAAGAGUGUGUGCAAGUGGACUAACCCUGACACCUUCAGUUGAACCCUCACCUGCACUUGCAAGCUACAAUGUACAUAAAACACAGUGCAAAAAAAGCAAUGAAUUUCCUGACAUUUAUAUUUCUGUGUUCCUUUAGUUUGGACUAAAUGAGCUGAAGUUGAGAUUUCGCACGAGGUUAACUCUUCACCUAUAUGAGCAAUAUCUUAGGUAAGUCGCACUGAUCAAUCAUCCAAUGAUCAGUUACACAGGAUAGAUUCCAACCCUGUUGACUAACAAAGGGAGGUUGUUGGUGUGGUAUACCCGCGCCCACAAGUGCUGAAGGCGCAAGCCCCUAGAGAAAUCCGGUGGCAUACUCCCCUGUGAAUAAUUUUAAGAUAUGUGCCUCUAAGAUGCCAUUUCCUGCAUUUUGAGACUAUGAAUGAAUGCAAACCCUGCACAAAGUUGAGGCAGUCCAGUGCAUUAGCAUGCCCAGAAUUAUUGCAGGCUAGUUGCUUGGAUAAGAAUGGCUGAGAAACCUCAGAAAAAUGGCAAAGAAUCAUGCUAAAAAGACUGGUUAAACAACGAAAGGAAGAGUUUUAAAAACUGGGAGAAUAUUACGCGAAAAUGGAAGGCAGGAAAUAUUUGUCGAAAAAUAGGAGGCUUCUGGCCAAAACAGGAGGGUAGGAAUCUCUGACACAGUGAGUGUAUUGAAUUGUGAUAAAUAUGUUGUGAAUUUUUUUCUAACAUUGCACACUCUCAUGGCUUAUACUUUGAGGUCACUUGAGAUCAAACAAUAAAACUAUAUCCUACUUUGAGCAAUACUGCAAAAUCCACGACAUCAGAGGAUUACAAUACUCUGGUACUCACUAAUUUUGAUUGCUUAAUUGUUGAGAUUUGGUUUCCUAAAAUUUGUUUGAACAGACAGAAUUUUUCUCUAUUGGCUUGGUUUCCCAAACUGGAGCUAGGCCCAAGUUGCUUCUUUGUAGUCUAAUCUUCUCUCAUGAGCAAGUAUUGUGUGUAAUAAUGAUUAAUUUUUUUUUUUUUCAGUUCUUUUACCUUCUACAAAAUGAGUAACUUGGAUAACAGGAUUGCAAAUGCAGAUCAACUUCUUACUCAGGUAAUUAGAUGUUGAUAUUUAGAAAGAGUCUGUAAAAGGCAACACAUAAACUUAACUAAGGCAAUUACGUUAAUAUUUAUAAUACUUUUGAAACAAAUUGUUUUUGAAUUAUAGGGGCUGGUGGAUAAUGGUAAUUACUUAAACUUGGCCAUUCUGAAGGGAUUAUAUACAACAGCCGGGAGAAGUUUUGUCAUUAUUUUUUCAUUCAAAUAUUUUUCAUAACUCAUCACUUAAUCUGAGCAAAUUUUAAGAUAACGAUGUUGCGCACAGCAUUGUUACUCUGUGCAGGUCUUGAGAAAAAUGGCUGGUUUUUAAGAUUGCUAAAAAUGAAAUAAAUGUGAUUUUAUCAUGAUUACCAAUAUUAAAGCAAGAGUAUGCUGUAUUUAUGGUUGUAAAACUUUUCUUUUUUUAUAAGGAUGUAGAUAAGUUUUGCAACAGUCUCGCAGAGCUAUAUUCCAAUGUCAGCAAGGUGGGUGACUUUAGUUCCGUUAAUACAUGUAUCGUGAAUAAAUUAUUUUGAAAUGUACCUCUAAGAGCAGCCACUGGGUCUUAUAUUAAUUUUAUUUGGAAGAAAAGGUUUUUUAUGAUUGCAACGUAGGAUAUAACUGUAAUAAUACUGGUGAUUAUGAUGGUAAUGUCAUGACGAUGAUAAAGAAAAUGAACAUUAUGAUGAUGAUGAUGAUGGUAAUAUUCCACUCAAGGAGAAACUAUGUGUAUUUCAACCCUUUCUAGUUCCUACAAGGUGAUAUUUUGUUGCAAUGUGCCUUGCUAGAGGCUUAGAAUAAGCGAUUUUGUUAACACUACUUCACAGUCUUUGUAUAUCGGUGUUGAAUUAUGUCUACAAAUUCCGGGUAGAGUGAAAAAGACAUGUGAAGCUCACUUAGAAAUAUUUAGGUAAAAUCCCUGAAAAAAGAAUUUGUAAAUAAUCCCACUAAAUGAUCCUUUGAUCAAAGAUACAGUAAGGCCCAGUUCAAACGUCAAACUUUUCAUGUACCGUACUUAAUAGCUAUUUGGGUUGACCCAGAUGAUGUAAGUUUGACUGUUGAUUCAGACGUUGAACCUAAUUCGUCAAACUCAAUUCUUUUUUGCAAUGUUCAAAUAACAAUGGCCUACUAUGUUUACCAGUGAAAAUAAAUUACCGGUACAUUAAUUUAUACACUAGGUUCGGCACAUGAAAGGUUUCAUGUUUGAAACCAAGUCCCUCCUCUGUUAAAACUCCCAUGUGGGCUACUCGAACUUAAUUCAUGGGUCAACCAAAUCAGAUAUGUUGGAUUUAAUUGAUUGAAACACAAUGAAUACCUUGGCCGCUUACAAAAUGCCCAAAUAGGCUGGCGUGGGAGUAUUAAACUAGACAGCAAAACAGUCGGUUUUUCUCUCAAAAUCGGUUUUGUGUAGCGUUACAGCAGCGUGAAAGCCUCACGCGCCAAAGCGUGCGAGCCUCACACAUGUUUUCAGCCUCGCUCCGGACCUUUUGUGUGACCGUUCGUGCGUACUUGUAGACUGCAAAACAGUCUGUAUUUUUACAGUCUACAAUGUAGUAUUACACAAUGUAGAUGAACAUUGUCAUUUGUGAGUUUCUCAAUUUUUUUACUAACAUGCUUAUGGUCUAUUAAUUUGCAGCCCAUACUGGACAUAGCGAUAUACGUCCAGAAACUUACUGGAGCAAUUGGCAUCCAGGUAUACUAUUGAAUUCAAUGCAAACUUGCACCUGCACACAGUAUGUUGACUCUGUGUUCUUGCUUACCUGUUGCCUAAAGGUCUACCUACGGUCAAGUUGGCAGAAAGUCACCUCGCCUGAAGUUAUGUCGCCUGAAUUUUUUUUAUUGGGUGACAUAACUCAGCAUUUGAGAUGACUUAACAAACAACUGCAGUAACAUAACUUUGGGCGGAUUUUGAAUUUCGGGCGACUUGACCAGUUAGCUACCCAAAGGCAGAGCUAUUCUGUUCAAAGAAAUUGCCAUUAAAACAUUAAUUAGGUGGACUUUUAAAGGGGCUAAACAGUUGUUCUGCUUCAUGAAUGCGAUUUUCGUAUGACCUUCCAAAAUAGUUUGGGUAAGUGUUCGUUUUUUGUUAUUUAAUACACAUGUAUCAGCCAAUGGAUGAAAAGAUCAAAACAUGAACUCUUCGUUUUCCCGCCAAAGAAAACCCUAAUAUGUAGAAGGCAUUGUUCGAUUGGCCCAUCGUGUUGCAGUAUGACGUCAAAGCGAAGUAUUGAUUGAUUUCUAGAAGUUCUCGGGCAUAAAAGUUUUUUCAGCCGAGUGUUCGCUUAACCAACCAAAAGCCCCUCCUUGCUCUCUUUGAAAACCUUUGUGUUCAUGCAUGCGCAAUUUCCCUCCAGGAAUGCUAGACUGCGUAUUUCAUAGCUUUCAAGUAAACUUCACUCACACACGUACCGCUGUCAGUUUUGUUUGGAAGUCUUUUUUUGGCUCAGUAUAACCUUUGCUUAAAGAGUUGCAUCAUAUGAGGUUGUGAUGUUUGUUUUACAGGGUCCUGCUAUCAUGUUAGGGUACUUGGCUGUGUCAGGACUUGUACUAACAAGGUACAAUGCCUCUGUGAUAUAUAGAUAGGUUUUAAUAUAACAAGGUGAUCAAUACAAGUUCAUUUGUAUACUGAAUAGCUUGGAAGGGGCUUUUCAAGGAAGACAUCCUUAAAUUUCACUGUGUAUGGGGUUAUUUCAAGCAGUGAAAAUGUUGUUUUAAGAAUAAAUAUCCAAGCCAGAUCAAGAUGAAGGCAGUAUUAAGUCCCGGGAGAAAUGCCGUUGAGCGAAUCGACUUUCGGGCGAAACGGCCGCCCAAGGAACAAACAUUAAUUUGAUAGUUUGAUUUUGCGAGGUUUUAAGGAUAGCCGGAUAAAAGUUACUGAAACCGACCGAGAUGGAAAGCGAAAUUAGGUCAAAUUAGGGUGAAGGUCGAGUAAACGGUGUUCGAGUUACCAGAAGUCCAGUGCGGAAUUAGUCUCUAUCGUUAGUAAAUUUUACGUAAAAAAACAUUUCUUGAUUUUUGCCAGAUUGCGGCGGCCUGUUGGCAGAAUGACAGCAGAAGAACAGCAUCUUGAAGGAGAAUUCAGAUUUGUGAACUCUCGUCUAAUAACUAACAGGUAAAGUAAGCACAUUUGAUACGUACAACUUUCUCUUUUGUGGGAGCUAACGACUAAGGCUAUGUUCAUACUUACUUAUACUGGAUAGCUGUUGGUGUUGACACUAAAAGCUAUACGAUAUAGAUUCGGUGUAGUAUGAACACACAUCCAAUAUGUAACUCUCCACUUUAGAGAUCGGCGCGGCGCAGCUUCGCUCCGUUACAAAAAUCGCGCGGAAAUCACCGUUCCAAUGUGUGUCUGAACAGAAGCCCUGUCCUGUAUGUUUUUCGCGCCGGCGCAAAAGCGAUCCAGUAUAAUGUGACCCUGGACGAGCUCAUUAAACAUUCAAGUAAAAAUUCUUCACCAAUUCGAGUUAUGGGGUCUGUGUUAAUUGUUGUGUAUUUUUAAAGAGUUUUUGCCAUAUCUGUCUUACGUUUUGGAUCUACUAUUUCAGUAUUUGGAAGAUUUAUCCAGCCUGUGUACAGCCGUUUUCUUCUCAAACGUUUGAGGGAAGGGGGCGGUUUUACACAGGCUAGAUUUAACAAACUAACAAGUUAUCGGUACCUUAAGCUGGGUUAUAUUUUGUUUUAGUAACUUUUAAUGCACUUUCCCCUCUCGAAGAGUUUGCCGGAGUUCGUUCAUAUUUAACAAGUACUCGUUCUUUUCAUUUAAGUGAAGAAAUCGCCUUUUAUCAAGGAGAGAAAAGAGAAAAGCAGACCAUUGAGAGCACUUUCCAGAGAUUGGUAAGGUUGCGUAUUAAAGAGAUGUCCAAUUGUUCCCCCAAGCGGUACCAACGACCCUGCCUGGCUUGGCACUAAUUUUGUUUUUAUAACAAAAGUGACAGUGGACUAUUGAGUGGGGCCUGGGUGAUUUUUCCAAUGUGGUUGACCAAGCAAAGAUUUAGUUUGGUAGCACCUUUUGUCGCUUUCUAACGCGAUUCAGUAACUUGAAUUUGUCUGGGAAACAUUUGCGCCCGCAACGGUGCCUCCUCAACAGUGUUUCAAGGUUUAACAAGACCCUAGCAGUCGUUGUUUUGACCAAUGAACCUUCUUUGCGGUUAUUAUUAUAGAAUCGCGUUUUUAAUUUUCCCGGCUAAUAUUUUCGUAACCAGCAACGUUGUAACUUAUAACUUUUUUAUACUGUUGUUUUAGGUAAACCACCUCAGAAAUUUCAUUCAAUUCAGAUCAAGUAUGGGAAUCAUUGACAAUGUUAUAGCAAAGUGUAAGUAGAACAUGGUGAUAAAACAACUUCUAUGGACGCCUGUGUAGCAAAACAACAGUUUUGCUUGGGGGUUGAAAGGCUUGACCAGCAAAAAAGCACUUGUUUGUGUGUUAAAAAAUUAGCACUGAUAACAGCACUCUUGAAAUAUUGUUAAUGGCAAAGCUGUACGAACGUACUGUUUUGCUUAUUAAAAGGUUAAACUGAAUGCUUACCUUAUGAGCAGCUCCAGCCUUACAGAAAUGUGUACACUGCGAGCAGAGCUUUCUCUCUUGCACGGCUUUUAGCAUUUGCGAAGUCGUUCGCGUGGCUUGUCUGUGGCGUAGUUAUUUUGUAAACAAACGGGGCGUAAACAAACCAACCACCCGACUGACAAGCGACACGAGCGACUCCUCAAAUCCUACAAGCCAUGCGAGAAAGAAACCUCUACUCGGAGGGUGGCAAAUGUGUUAUUUUGCCAGUCAAUCUUAUAAAGACAUGUGCGAAGAUCUGGUUUACAAAUUAAAGCUUUAAUUGCACGUGCAAAUGCGUUGAUUUGUUAAACAUGCUUUUCAGUGCACGUGUAAAGGUGAUGUUUUGCUAAUUAAUGCUUUAAAUUUGCACGUGCAAGUGUUUUGUUUUGGUAACAGGACUUUCCAAGGCGCGUAAAAGUGUUGCUGGAUUCUCUUACGUAUGGCGCAAAUUUAAUAACCUAAAAAGUAUUGAUGCACAAGUAAAUGUUUCUCAUUAUAGCCUCCAUUUCGCUGAUUAACCGUAUAGCUUGAUCAUUGAAACUUUCAGAUGUAGCCACUGUUGUUGGUUUUUCUGUUGUCAGUCGGCCUUUCCUGAGUAAGACAAGCACAAGACACCUUAACAGUACUCACAGCGAGAGAAUGGAGGUUAGUUGAAUUGGUUGUCGGUAUUUUCCGCGUUUUGUUUUGAUGAAGCGAUUGAAGUGUUGAUUGGGUAAUCUCGAGUUUUGCAGCUAGCUUGAAGCUUGAAAAAAAAACAACUGUAAAAUGCAGGAAAAUGAAGUCCAAAGCUUUAAGAAAGAGAGGGAUGGGGUGGGUAAAGCGUACCCCCUCCCCCGAAGAAGGGGUAAAACGGCCUUCUUCGGGGGGAGGGUGCGGCUAUACGUAGGAUAGUAAAGAAAUAAGCCAUCCGUUUUACAACUACUACCAGAAUCCUUCAGGGUUUUGCUAUCUUGUGCAAAACUGGGCUUUUGUUAUUCAAAACUCUCUGGGAUUACCAAACUUGAAUACAUUAAACUAAGGAAAAGGAAAAUGAGUUUCUCAUUAGUAGUAGUAUCGUGCCUAUGGCCUUUGUGCAUCAUAAAAAUCUUUACUAUGAAUGUAGUUCUAUGACUGUUGGUUAUGCUCUUUUCUUGACAAAGCCUAGCUUUGCUUUUGUUACUUAAAAGUAAACAAAUGCAUGUCAAAAAAAGUUAAUUUCUGAGGUUCUUUUGUAGUGAAGUAAUGUUGUUGUUUCCGUAGGACUACUACAGAAGCGGAAGAAUGUU